GUACCAAUAAACUCACCCAAAUGCCAAAAUAGAAAAUUCAAAAUAGACAGUAGAGGAAAGAAAAUAAACGGUUCACCCAAGCGGGUCAACCCGUGCCCGGAAGGAUCUCCUCGCCUGCCCGUUAUGUGCUCCGGCCUCCGUGUGGCUCAGUCGGUUUGUCCAUUUGCUCUCUUUUCAUUUUUCAUAAUUAGGUUCUGCUAAAUCCCAGGAAAGGUUCGAUCCCGGCCUUUCCCCCCGCCAUUCCCUGUUGAAUUCCGACUGUCACUCCUGUCCGACGCCCGUGUCGCUCAGUCUCCGAUCAGGUAUGGACCACCACGAUGACGAAUCGCGGGCUGCAAGCGGCGAUCAUCACGGCAAGCAGGACGAUGAGGAAGCUGUUGCUCGAUUCGAGGAAAUGAAGAAAUUAAUGGAGGCUAAAAUUGCCCUUCGUCGUAGCAAUUUGAAUCCGGAAAGGCCUGACUCAGGGUUUCUCAGGACAUUAGAUUCUAGCAUAAAGCGCAACACAGCAGUUAUAAAAAAAUUAAAGCAGAUAAAUGAAGAGCAGAGAGAAGUGCUGAUGGAGGACGUGCGAAAUGUUAACCUUAGCAAAUUUGUCAGUGAGGCGGUAACAGCUAUCUGUGAUGCAAAACUUAGAAGUUCGGACAUACAAGCUGCAGUGCAGAUCUGCUCGUUGCUUCAUCAACGGUACAAAGAUUUCUCUCCAAGCCUGGUACAAGGACUUUUGAAGGUCUACGUUCCUUCAAAAUCAGUUGAAGACUUGGAUGCAGACAAGAAUUCCAGGGCCAUGAAAAAACGGAGCACUUUGAAACUGCUUUUAGAACUUUAUUUUGUCGGGGUUAUAGAAGACUGCAGUAUCUUUAUCAGUGUAAUUAAAGAUCUUGUUAGCUCAGAACACUUAAAAGAUCGGGAUGCUACUCAAACCAAUCUGACUUUGCUUGCUAGUUUUGCGCGGCAAGGGAGAGUGUUUUUAGGACUUCCAUUCUCUGGACAUGAAAUUCAGGAAGAGUUUUUCAGAGGUCUUAAUAUCACGCCAGAACAGAGGAAAAUAUUCAGGAAGUCAUUUCAUGCUUAUUAUGAUGCUGUGUCAGAACUUCUUCAAUCUGAGCAUGCAUCCCUUCGCCAGAUGGAGCAGGAAAAUGCUAAGAUUUUGAAUGCUAAAGGGGAGUUAAGUGAUGAAAACGCCUCAUCAUAUGAGAAGUUGAGAAAAUCAUAUGACCAUUUAUACCGCAAUGUUUCAUCGAGAAAUGCCUCUGAAGUUCUUACAAUCCUAUGCUUCUUAUUCCACAGAUUAGCUGAAGCCCUUGAUAUGCAACCCCCAGUCAUGCCAGAGGAUGCACACACAACGAGGGUUACUAGUGGGGAGGAUGCCUCAUCACCUGCUGCUGGCAAAGACUCCUCUGUUCCUGAAGCCCUGUGGGACGAUGAAGAUACCAGAGCCUUCUAUGAGUCCUUACCAGAUCUAAGAGCAUUUGUUCCUGGUGUUUUAUUGGGAGAGGCAGAGGGCAAGGCCAAUGAGCAAUCUGUGAACACUCAAGAACAGCCUGCUGAGUCAACGCUGGAAGCAGAUCAAGGCCAACAAGAAACUAAUGAGAUUCCUGGAGAAUCUGGUAUUUUAAAUGACUCGAAAAAUUUGGAUAAGGGGAAGGAGAAAGAAGAUAAAGAUAACUUUAAGGAUGCGGAGAAGAAAGGUGAAAAUGAGAAGGAGAAGCUCAAAGGUGUGGAGGUUACAAAUUUGGAUGCUCUGCUGCAGAGGCUUUCUGGUUGCGUGAGUCGUGACUUAAUUGAUCAACUGACGGUAGAGUUCUGCUACUUAAAUUCAAAGUCAAGCAGGAAAAAGCUCGUGAGGGCAUUGUUUAAUGUACCUCGUACAUCUUUGGAACUGUUACCGUACUACUCACGCAUGGUUGCUACUCUGUCAACAUGCAUGAAGGAUGUGUCAUCCAUGCUCUUACAGAUGCUGGAGGAGGAGUUCAAUUUCUUAAUUAAUAAAAAGGAUCAAAUGAACAUUGAAACCAAGGUUAGGAAUAUCAGAUUUCUUGGAGAGCUAUGCAAGUUCAGGGUUGCACCAGCUGGCUUGGUUUUUAGUUGUUUGAAGGCCUGUUUAGAUGAAUUCACCCACCACAAUAUUGAUGUUGCGUGCAAUCUUCUCGAGACAUGCGGACGUUUCCUGUAUCGGUCUCCUGAAACUACUGUGCGCAUGGCCAACAUGUUGGAAAUACUAAUGCGCUUGAAAAAUGUGAAAAAUCUGGACCCUAGGCAUAGCACCCUUGUAGAAAAUGCUUACUAUCUGUGCAAACCACCUGAGAGAUCUGCACGGGUGUCUAAAAUCCGGCCUCCCCUGCAUCAGUACAUCCGAAAGUUGCUAUUCUCAGAUCUGGAUAAGUCCUCCAUUGAGCGUGUGCUGCGACAACUCCGUAAAUUGCCAUGGAGUGAAUGUGAGGAUUAUCUCUUGAAAUGCUUUCUGAAGGUUCACCGGGGAAAGUAUGGGCAAAUUCACUUGAUUGCUUCUCUCACUGCUGGGCUAAGCCGCUAUCAUGACGAGUUUGCAGUUGCUGUUGUUGAUGAGGUUUUGGAUGAGAUCAGAGUUGGCCUAGAAUUAAAUGACUAUGGGAUGCAGCAAAGACGCAUUGCACAUAUGCGUUUCUUGGGCGAGCUUUACAACUAUGAGCAUGUGGAUUCAUCUGUCAUCUUUGAGACUUUGUAUCUGAUUGUAGUAUUUGGUCAUGACACAGCUGAGCGGGACGUGCUGGAUCCACCUGAGGAUUGCUUCCGCAUUAGGAUGGUUAUCACUCUCCUUGAGACAUGUGGACACUACUUUGAUCGAGGUUCUUCAAGAAGGAAGCUUGAUCGAUUUUUGUUACACUUCCAGCGUUAUAUCCUCAGUAAAGGUUCCCUUCCUCUUGAUGUUGAGUUCGACUUGCAGGACUUAUUUGCUGACCUGCGCCCUAACAUGAUCCGGUACUCAUCAGCUGAAGAAGUCAAUGCAGCUCUGGUAGAACAUGAAGCGAAUGAACGGCAUGUUUCUGAAAAGAGUCACAGUGAAAGGCGGGAAAGGCGUUCCAAUUAUGAGAAGCCUCCCGUCAGGAUACCUUCCAACAAUGCUCCCUCUGCUAAUGGUCAAAGGCUUGUGAAUGGAGAUGACGAAAAUGGGGGGUUACAUGAAGAUGUUUUGGAUAGUGACACUGGUUCAGGCGGCAGUAGCACAAUUGAUCAUGAUGACGAGAUGGAUGAAGAAAUCCAUGGUGAUGACGGUGACACUGAUGAGGAUUAUGAUGACAGGGAUGCCCCUGGUUCUGAUGAGGACAAUGAGUUUCGUAUCAGACAAAAGGUAGCAAAUGUGGACCUUGAGGAGGCCGCCAGUUUUGAACAGGAGCUGAGGGCUGAGAGCAUGGAGCAGCGGAGGCAGGACUUGCGUGGUCGACCAGCACUUAACAUGGUCAUACCCAUGAACUUGUUUGAGGGAUCAUCCACCAAGGAUCAUCAUCAUGGUAGAGGAGGAGGGGCUGGAGCUGAAAAUGGUGGCGGUGGUGAUGAAGUACUCGAUGAGGAAACUGGAGAAAGCGGCAAGGAGAUUAAAGUGAAAGUACUAGUUAAGCGUGGCAACAAACAGCAGACGAAGCAGAUGUAUAUUCCCAGUGAUUGCUCGCUCGUGCAGAGCACAAAACAAAAGGAAGCAGCUGAGCUGGAAGAGAAACAAGAUAUCAAGAGGUUUGUGUUGGAGUAUAAUGACAGGGAAGAAGAGGAGAACAACAGCCUGGGGCCGCAGCAGACAUUAAACUGGAGUCCUAGCAGUGGUGGGCAUGGCGGCAGAUCUGGUGGCCGUAGUGGGCCAUGGGAAGGAAGUGGCGGAGGAAGAGGUGUUGGAUCACAACGCCAUAGGCAUAUUCAUCAUUCUGGCGGCGGAUACUAUCAUGGAAGGCGAAGGUAAUUGAUGGAUGAUCUGUGGCACCUACUAAACCUUUGACAGCAAUCUUUUUUCAGUUCGAAGAUUACCGUCAAGCAUGUCAUUGGCACGUUAAUCCACGAGUUAUGGGAACAUUGUUGUUGAACACAUUGCAAGAGGGUAGAAACUCGGCAAGGUCAAGCUAUUUGGCUUCUGAAGAGAAGGAAGUGAAGUUUGGAAGAAUUAAUACUGAAAGAUAGCUUUUGCAGCAGCAGCAAGAGGAGGGUACCUGGCUGUGCUACCAGACUAAUUUCGGCUGUAUAGUUAGAUUAGAGGGCAGAAUUAUAACUUGGAGACGUUAUGUUGCCGAGUUUGGAAUUGGUUCACCUAGCAAUUAUAUGUAUGUACAGAACCCAACCAAAAUCACCUACAAGCCCGGAGUCGAUUCUAAACUGAUAUUGUUAGUUCUGCAGCGUUCAUAGUUCACCGUUCUCGUGAGGCUGAAAAUGUUGUUUCUGUGCUCCCUAUUUUGCCUAGUAGUUCGUUGGACUAUCAUAUGGUUUUGCAGGAAAUUAUGGGAGUGAAGACGAGGACUAGGGGAGCAAUCUAAGUAGCCACCUAAAGCAACAGCUGCAGGAAGGAAAAGCAAUGUUUAUUUAUAACCAGUUAACUUUUGCAUGUCUGGACAAAGAAAAAACCAAACUGAAGAAGAUCGUUCGUUGCUUAUGGCUGCUUUCUUUUUGGGAUUCGACUGCCCAUACCGUGUUUGGUUUGGGAUUGGCGUGGCAACAUAUGUACGCUCCAAUAUACGCGGAAAUAAAAAGGCA